GUUUAGGUGACGUUAUUAAUCUGCGCCACCAAAUGUCAGUUCACUUGUGAUUCACUUUUUAAAACAGAACUGGAUAGAUCUGUUUAAUAAAAAUGUGUGAUGUGCCAGUUAUUCAGUGGCUGUUUCCACUGUUGUUUAGUUUGUUCUGUACAUCGUGUGGCAUUUAAAUGAUCAGCCUUUGAAGCACAGACUGUUGGUGGUUAACCCAGCUCACUAAAUUCCUUAAGAGACCGCACGUACAUUUCUUUGGUAUUUUCAUCACGAUAAUGGGUGGUAAAAAGAAAAAUAAAUCGGAUGCGGUUUCUUCCUCUAACACCCUUCCUCUGGGCUCCAAAUGUGGAACUGAUGCUGGACCUUGCAGCGACAAAAAAUUCAGCCAGAGACCGUCAGCUGUUAAACCACAUUUAAAGGAUCAAAAAGUAAAAGGUCAGAAGACCUACAGUUUUAGUGCAGCAGCAACUGAAAUGGGUGCUGCUUCAAAUCUCGACAGAUCUGUACUUAAGGUGCUGAUUGAAAGUAAAUUGGAACAGCAGAUUAUAAACCUGAUUAAUUGUUACAAACAGCAACAUGGAGGUAUGGGGACAGUUUCAGGAAGACUUACUGCCAAGAAACUUCAGGAUUUGUACAUGGCUUUACAAGGAUUUUCCUUCAAAGCUGAACAUGUUGAAAAAGCUAUGGAGAACACUAUUCUUUAUGGAGGAGAUUUGCAUUCAGCUUUGGACUGGUUAUGUCUAAACCUCCCAAAUGAUGCACUGCCUGAGGGCUUCAGUCAGAAGUUGCAGGAAGAAGAAAAGAAGAACAGACCAAAAUUUCAGUAUCCUGCAGAUCUGGUAAAACCGACAGAAGUAUCUGAAAUUAAGAAAGCCAAGGAUGAUCCUGUCAGGAAGGGAACUGCGAAACAGGAUGAGAAAGAAACAAUGAAAAAGUGGAUUUUACGUUAUGCUGAGCAAGAAAGUGAAGAUGAAAUAGGAGAUGAAGAUGUUGAAAAGACAUUUGAAAACAAUGAGCACUUUGAUCCAAAUGAGCGAUACCUGGAACUCACUGCAAAACUUUCUGAUGCUAAAGAAGAGGCUUCUGCUGCUAAAGACAGCAAGAACAAACAAGUACAACAGGCAGCUCAAGAAAAAAUUCGCAGUUUUAAUGAUGUUUGUCCAUACGAGCGUUUCUACUUUGUGAUGGCAUCUGAGUGCUUGGCUAGUCCACCUAGCCCUAACUUAUUCGGGACUAGUCCUCCCGAAAACACAGAUAUUACUUCCUUGCUUGUGAGUAUAUCGCAAAGAUUAGAUGCGAUGAAUUCCAGGCUUACCAACAUUGAAAAAAGCAGUGGAUUUGUUCCCCCUGCGCUUUUGGACAAUUUUGGAGGUGUUCCUCCGGGCUUUACGGAAGUACGUGGAGUUGCUGUAGCUAGUGAGGCGAGUGCUGUGACUAAUCUCGUGCCUCCCGUAGCGUGCCAGUUACUACCUACACCAACAACUACAGGAAAUUUACCGAUGCGAGUGCAGAACAUUUCUUAUAGCAGUUCUGUGCAGGGUUCCAUACCACCGGGACAGAAGCAAAGGACACAACGGGCUUCUAAUGGUUCCAUAGAGACUCAAAAAGAGGACUUACAUUCUACUAAUACAUUGACAAAUGGAAAGGCACUUAUUGGCGUUUCAUCGGCUGCGGAGUGGAUUAAUAAUACAGGUGACUUUUUAUCUUUUUUGCAACCUUUAUGCGAUGGUUUGCCGGUGCAGAGUCCUAUGUGUUCCAAAGAUGACAAUUUUGAUGUGUCUGAGAAACUUAAAAUUUUGGACAAUAAGACUUUAAAGAUACGUAAACUACAGUUAGAAGUCGCUUAUUUCAAGCAGUGCAUUUCUGAAAAUAUGGUACCUAAGGGUUUGAGGAACAAUUUUACACCCUCGGGUUUAAUUAAAGAAAAUGUUUUUCUUAUUGAUUUAAAGGCGAUGUUUCAAAAACAAGGACUUGAUCUUUUGGAGAUGAUUAUUAAACAUUAUACUGUAUGUAUUGAUAAUUUGACUACAGAAAUUAAACUAUUAGAUGAGGAAAUUAGAAUGUAUGUUUCCUUUGAAAAGUUUAGGUACGAUUACGAACGUAUUUUUGCAAGCAUCGAUACUUAUAUGGGAAAGUUGAAAAUUCAAAAAACCAAGAAACUAUUUAGGGAUAGACAAGUUUACUUGUCUAAUACAGCUUACCCUAAAUUGGCAAAUUUUGUCAUUCAAGACGAUGACUCAGGCUCUGGGCAUGACAAGAGUUCAAGUAUUGACACACAGGUUCCGAAUGAGGGGGAAGCUGCAACCUCUACUAGUAAUUGGAAUGUAGUUAGAAGAAAAUCAGGGGAGGAAGAAGAACAGGAAUUGGAAGAAUUAAUAGUUGAAAUAACACCUUUAGAAGCCUCUAAUUGCCCUAGUAUUGUUAAGAACAAAAAAGGUGAUUUCACCAUUUAUAAUUUUUCAUCACUGACGUUAGAACCUGAGUUAGUUGAGUUACUUUCCUUAGGUUAUAAUUUUGUUCCAUCGAGACACUUUGAUGUAGUUAAAGUACUUAUUGACCUGAAGUGCUUUGUCAGGAAGCUUAAUUUAAAGCUUUUGUUUAACAAUUCUAACAAUGAAGAUAGAGUUGCUAUAAAGCUUCCGAGCGUCUUUAAUCCCCCUUUACACGUAGGCUUACGUAUUUUUGAAAAUGCCUGCGAAUUAGAUAUUAGACAUUUACAUAAUACUAAAGGGGCCAGGAAAAGUAUUUUUAACAUAUCAAAAGAGCAAUUGCAGGCCUUAAAUCAACUUAAGGAAUCCUCUGUCAGGGUUAUGAAACCUGACAAAGGUGGUGGUUUGGUUGUCUUUGAACAUGAUUUAUAUAAUGAAAAAAUGUCAUUGGUUUUGGACACACCUGCAUACAAUCAUUCAUCUCUUAAUGAGAUGAACAUUAAUAUUCAUAGGAUUAAGGGGUAUUUUAGGGACCUCUUUAUUGAGGGUAGAAUAGACCUUGAGACUUAUGAGUAUAUUAACAUCACUCAACCAAGAACGCCUGUUAUGUUCGGUAUACCCAAGAUUCAUAAGAAUCUUGGGGAUCCGCCUAUGAGGGCAUUAGUUGAUGGAAGGUCUUCCAUUUCUUAUCCAUCAGCUAAAUACAUAGAUUCUAUGUUAAACAAAUACUUGGAAUAUCUUCCAAGUAUUUUCGACGUAGUCGAUUUAUACACUUCUAUACCUCAUUUGGAGGCUAUAGAGUGGUUGGAGUUGUUACUGUCUGAAUUAAAAGCUCCAAGAGACGUGAUUAGUAACAUUACAGAACUUCUAGAUAUCGUUCUGUCCUCUAAUUUUUUUGUUUUUGGAAAAGAAUUUUAUAUCCAGAAACAGGGCGUUGCUAUGGGAUCUCCGUGUGGAGCCAUAGUUGCCAACUUGUUUAUGGCACACUGGGAGAGGAAAUUUGUCCUAAACCACCCAUUAUGGAAAAAUAGGAUAUGUUUUUACACCAGAUUCCUUGAUGACAUUUUUAUUCUGUUCAAGGGCAAUGAAGAAGAGGCACGGUUGCUGAUAGAAUAUUUCAACAGUACAACAACAUUCCUUAGGUUCACUUCCAAAUUUGAUACUUGUGAGAUAGAUUAUUUGGAUGUUAAACUAAAAAAAGACAUAAGGAAUCUUAGAUUCAUUUCAUCUAUUUACCGUAAGGACACUUACAUUAAUUCAUUCCUACACUACACAAGUGCCCAUCCAUACAAACUAAAAAAAGCCAUUAUUAAAGGGCAAUUAAUUAGGGCAGUUAGGAUGUGUAGUGAACUAAAAGGUUUUGAGGAAGAAUGUACAGUCCUUAGGGAAUUUUUCUUGGACAGGGGUUAUCCACCCUUAGUCAUAGAAGAAAUGAUAUUAGAAGUUUCCAACAAAAGAAGGAAUGGUAUUCUAUCCCCCUUAAUUCUUGACCAUAGGCUUGUUAAUGGUAGUGAACAAGAUAUGUUAACCGAAGGGGCAAGUACAGAUCUUGGUCCUGUUACUGUGAUUGAGGAACCCAGAAGGGACUUUUCUUUGUCCUUUUCUACUGUUUUUAGUCUGAAUUCUAAAGAAAUAUCAGAUAUUAUUGUUAAAAACUGGGUGAAGAUCCCGAGGUCAGCAGAUGAUGUGUUAUCAGUGUGUCCAACCAUUCUGACUGAGGACAGCAUGCAGUCACAGCAUCUGGCUGCUACACUGGCACUUUAUCAUCUUGUGAAAGGACAGUCAGUGCAUCAGCUGUUGCCUCCAACAUACAGAGAUGUGUGGUUGGAAUGGAGCGAUGCUGAAAAGAAAAAAGAAGAACAAAAUAAGAUGGAAACUAGUAAGCCACGUGAUCAGUUUAUAACUAAACUUUUAAACAAACUCAAACAGCAGCAGCAACAAUCAAAACAUACCUUAGUGACUUCAGAGGAAACUGAAGAAUCUUGGGAAAACUUAGUAUCUUUAAAUGACUUUGAUAAUUUAUCUCUUGACCAAAAACAUCCUCAAGGUUUUGAAACUGCAAGGUCUUUGUUUAAGACCUUACAGUGUUCAGCAAAGCAUAAAAAACUCUUGAAAGACAGACAGCAGUUGCCAGUGUUCCUACAGAAAAAUACAAUUGUGGAGACCCUUCGCAGACAUAGAGUGGUGGUUGUGGCAGGAGAAACUGGCAGUGGUAAGAGCACCCAGAUACCACAGUUCCUCUUAGAGGAUUUGUUGGCAAGUAAAUCAGAACCUAAACAGUGCAAUAUUGUCUGCACACAACCACGGCGGAUCUCUGCAGUGAGUCUUGCAACUAGAGUGAAUGAUGAGAUGGGGAGUGAAGACGGACCCGGGGGGAAGGACUCCUUGUGUGGUUAUCAAAUCAGGAUGGAGAGCAAAGCUGGAACUAAUACACGAUUGUUGUACUGUACGACAGGAGUUCUACUCAGAAAGAUGCAGCAUGAUGGUUUUCUGUCGAACAUCUCUCAUGUUGUUGUCGAUGAGGUUCAUGAGAGAAGUGUCCAGUCAGACUUUCUAUUGAUAAUCCUUAAGGAGCUCUUGCAAAAACGUUUGGAUCUGCACCUUAUUUUAAUGAGUGCUACCGUGGAUAGUGACAAGUUUGCCAAGUACUUUGGACACUGUCCAGUCAUAAGCAUUCCAGGUAGAACUUUCCCUGUAGAGGUUUUUCAUCUUGAAGAUGUAAUUGAAAAAACUGGCUUUGUUCUGGAACAGGACUCUGAAUAUUGUCAGAAAUUUAUAGAAGAGGAAGAAGAAAUUACUAUAAAUUGCACUGGCAAAGGGGGAAGAAUACAGAAGCAUCAAGAAUACGUACUCAAAGAAACAAGGCCAGAGUCCAAUCUUGGAGCUGAAUGCUACCAGCAGUACAGCAGUCGCACAAGGCAUGCCCUCCAGUGCAUGAAUCACACCAGGAUUAAUAUGGACCUUAUUUUGGAGCUCCUUGACUUCUUGGAUAAAAGUGAACUGUUCAGAAGCAUGGAAGGUGCAGUACUGAUCUUCUUACCUGGUUUGGCUGAUAUUCAACACCUGUAUGACCUUCUGUGUUCUGACAGGAGGUUCCGGGCAAAGGACAGGUACAAGCUGAUAGCACUGCAUUCCAUUUUGUCAUCUCAGGAUCAAGCAGCUGCGUUUACAGUGCCACCACAAGGAAUUCGAAAGAUUGUUUUGGCAACAAAUAUUGCUGAAACUGGGAUAACAAUCCCUGAUGUUGUCUUUGUCAUUGAUACAGGAAAGACCAAAGAAAACCGAUAUCACGACAACAGUCAGAUGAGUUCUUUAGUGGAAACCUUUGUCAGCAAAGCCAGUGCCUUGCAAAGACAAGGAAGAGCAGGACGUGUUCGGGAAGGUUUUUGUUUCCGGCUUUAUACUGAAGAAAGGUACCAAGGCUUUAAUGAGUAUUCUGUUCCAGAAAUUCUUCGUGUGCCUUUGGAAGAACUUUGUCUUCAUAUUAUGAAGUGUAAUCUUGGCUCACCAGAAGAUUUUCUCAGAAAAGCAUUAGAUCCUCCCCAGCCUCAGAUGGUUAGCAAUGCCAUGAACCUGCUGAGGAAAACGGGAGCCUGUGAAAUGGAUCAAGCCAUCCUCACACCACUUGGCCAGCAUCUUGCAGCACUGCCCGUUAAUGUAAAGAUUGGCAAAAUGCUUAUCUUUGGUGCUAUUUUUGGUUGCCUGGAACCUGUGGCAACCAUUGCAGCAGCAAUUACAGAGAAGUCUCCAUUUUCUACACCAAUGAACAGAAAGGAUGAGGCAGAUCUAGCAAAGGCAGCCCUGGCGGUGGCAAACUCUGAUCACCUGACUAUCUACAAUGCAUAUCUAGGGUGGAAGAAAGCUCGUAGUGAGGGGUAUCGUGCUGAGAUGUCUUAUUGUAGGAAACAUUUUCUGAGCAGAACAGCCUUGUUAACUAUUGAGGAUCUGAAACAGGAACUUAUCAGGCUUGUUGAAACUGUAGGAUUUGUUGCUCCAUCACGAAGACCUCUGACAAUUCCUGGAUCUGAUACCAGAGGCCUACUAUCCCCUAAUGAAAUCUCAUUUCUUAAAUCUGUGCUCACAGCAGGACUGUAUGACAAUGUUGCCAAAAUAAUUUAUGUGCCAUCAGUGGACAUUGCAGAGAAAGCUGUGUGUACUGUUGAGACAGCACAAGGAAAGGCACAGGUUCAUCCAUCAUCUGUGAAUAGGGGUCUUCAAACUUACGGCUGGCUGCUCUUUCAGGAGAAGGUGAAGUAUGGCAAGGUUUAUAUAAGGGAUACUUCCGUGAUCUCACCAUUUCCUAUACUGCUGUUUGGUGGUGAAAUAGAUGUCCAGCAUCGAGAAGGCCUGCUGAGUGUGGAUGGCUGGAUCCAUUUCCAGGCUCCUGUAAGAAUUGGAGUGAUCUUCAAGCAGUUAAGAAAUUUAAUUGAUUCUGUACUGAAAAAGAAACUUGAAAAUCCAAAAAUGUCACUUGAAGAUGACAAAACUAUACAGAUAAUUAUGGAAUUGAUAAAAACUGAGAAUGGAAGCUGAAUGUUAGAUGAAGAUUAAUGAAGUAACACUUUCACUCCCAAAGAAUAGAAUGGAACCGAGGACUUCAGGAAUAAACUUUACUUUCACCUGGAACACGGCAGUGUUCAAACACGUGGAAAUGAUCUUAUGUGCUGCUUUAUGUCUCUUAUGUUUAAUUAACUCUUAAUAAGAGUCAGGUUAAACUUGCUGGUUAUUCUUUUAUUUGAUAUAUUGUAUAAUAACACAGGUGCCAUUUUUCCAUGUCUACAAGUGGAUUCUGGAUGUAGUAUAAUAUAUACUGUAAGUUGUCAUUGAAGUUCUUUAACUACACAAUAAAACUGGAGUCUCAUAAGAACAUUUA